AUGUACAAUACCUGGACAUCGCCAUCGCGUCGACACCUAUUUCUGGGACAAAUGCUUUUGUUGGGUCUGUUCCUGUCGUCGGCGUUGGGCAUAGCAUUUGUGCCAAACCCCUCGUGGAUCUCCUGUACGAUCAUAAGGGCCGGACUCGGGAUCUGCUAUUCGCUGGUCUUCGCCACACUGCUGGUGAAGACGGUGUUCCUGUUGUCGCUGCACUCCGGCAUAUACCUGCCCGCCUCAUACCAGGCCCUACUGCUCUUCUUCAUCAUCGCCACGCAGAUAGCCAUCGAUGGCCAAUGGCUUCUUCACCAGAGCUCGCAGACCGUUGUCGACUACGUGGACGCCUUCGGCUCAGUUGUCUACAAAUGCGAUCACAAUAUCAGUUCACUUCUCCUGUCGUUGGUUUACGACAUCUUUCUGAUAGCGUUGGUGUCGUGUCUGUCGAUGAGGGCAAAGGGUCACCGGGAGAACCAUGGUGAGGCCAUGUUCAUCACGAUCACUAUAAUCACAUCCAUAGUGUUGUGGUGCGUAUGGAUCGGCGGUGCGUUGACCACAUCGAGUCACUAUAGGGACGCGUUUCUGGCGCUGGGAGUGGUGGGCAACGCGACCCUUGUCUUCCUAAUCAUGUUUCUGCCAAAAGGACGCCAAUUGGCGGCUAUGGGUCGCGAAGGUAUGUCCGGCGACGACAGGGAUCAGCUGUCGUCCCCCUCGUCCCCAUCCAUAUACACGCCAUCGUUUUUGCACAUAAAGCCCAGCCAUUUGAUACCACUCACUAAAACCAAUGGCAAUCUGUAUAAACAGUUCGGCCAAACAAAUAACACCAACAGUUAUAAUAACAAUAAUAAUAAUGUUAAUAAUAAUAACGCCGCGAAUGGCAAUCAUUACACACAUCACUCCACCAAUAAGUCCGCCAAUAAU